GCACCAGACCGCCACUUCCUGACAGGGUUACCGCCAAACUUUAAACAACAAGCUGUAGCUAUCACCGCUCUGAUUAACAAGCAGGUUUAUUAAUCUGCAGAAAAUGUCUUUAACUCCAAAGAGGCCGUGUCCCGACUCAAUAGACGACACUAUGAACAACUCCAUGGAGAAGAGGAUACGCCGGAUAUCAAUUGAGGGAAAUAUUGCGGCGGGCAAAUCUACCUUUGUGCGGCUUUUGGAGCAGGAGAGCGGGGACUGGGAGGUGGUACCAGAGCCAAUCGCCAGAUGGUGCAAUGUCCAAACAAAAGGCAGUGACUUUGAGGAGCUGACCACCUCUCAGAGGAGUGGGGGGAAUGUGUUGCAGAUGAUGUAUGAGAAACCUGAGAGGUGGGCCUACACCUUCCAGAGCUACGCCUGCAUCAGCAGAGUGCGCGCUCAGAUCACGUCGGCCAAUGGGAAGCUGCGAGAAGCCGAGAACCCUGUGCAGUUCUUCGAGCGCUCCAUCUACAGCGACAGAUACAUCUUUGCAGCCAACCUGUAUGAGAGCGAGUGCCUGAACGAGACGGAGUGGUCCAUCUAUCAGGACUGGCACGGGUGGCUGCACAGCCAGUUUGGAAAGCACAUAGAGCUGGACGGUAUCAUCUACCUCAGAGCGGCCCCGGAGAAAUGUUUACAGCGGUUGCAUCUGAGAGGCAGAGAAGAAGAGCAAGACAUCCCUCUGGAGUAUCUGGAGAAACUCCACUUCAAGCACGAGAGCUGGCUGCAGCACAAGACCAUGAGAACGGAUUUUGAGUAUCUCAAUGAUGUGCCCGUUCUGACCAUAGAUGUAAAUGAAGACUUUAAAGGAAACAACAGCAAGAGCGCUGACAUGAUUGAGAAGGUCAAGGAGUUUUUGAGCACUUUGUAGAAUUCAACUGAUGAUAGAGAUUUAAUUUGCAGCUCAAAGAAGAGAACCUGGAUGGAGUUUUGUAUAAUGAUGAAAUGUAUCAACAACUUAUUUUUCUACCCCCUACAAUCCCCAUUAAUGUUCUGACAUGUGGUGUUUUUCUAAAAAGACGUUUUUAUUACUGUUUUCUUACAUUUUUGGUGUAUUUAUAAAUAUUUUGUGUGCAUAUGCAUGCCUGUUGGUCCUUACAAAUGACAAUUAACUUGACAUACUUUAUUAAUUUGUGUGUUUCCUUGUCUAAUAUAUACUGUAGAAAUAAGUCCUAAGAAGAAAGUAUUUUUUCAAAUUAAAAUCAUUUUAGUUUAUUUAAACAUCCAAACCCAGGGUUUAUUGAUUUUCAAAAUAAAAGAUUGUAAUAGCUGGCCUUUAUGGCUCUGACUGGAAUCUUCUCAAGUCUUCCAGAAGAUGUCGCCAGUCCCCAUAAUGCACUGCUGUCAGCUAUUUCAGACUGCUGAGCUUGCUUUUACCUGGCAGCUUUAAUGGAAUUGUUUUAAGCUACCUGAAAUAGGUGCCUUCCUUCACCUAUGGCGCCGUGUAUGUAUGUGUGUACAUAUUUAAUAUACAUAUCACAAUGCAAAGCAAUGUGUAACGCCUAACCCAUUAAAAACGUGUUUAAAAUCAACAAUAACUAGUUUAGUUAGUAUGUGAUCGAUAUACCAACUGAAUACACAUCAGCAUUUAUUCAUAGGUUGAAUCUUGAUAUAAACUGUACUUUACAAAUAAACGGGGUCCACGCUGAUGGAAUUCUCCGUCCAAACAAA